ACCUAAGCAUAUGCAGCGGACGAACGGAGGGUCUGCAUGGACCAGAGAGAGCUGCAGAGAUCUACUGGCUGAAGGACACACGCACUGCUGUUCCCAUGGACAAGCCUCUCUGGACUUCAGCGUCAGGUGGAGCCCUGCAGUAGGAUGCUGGGGUCUAUGUCUGUCUGUGGUCCCCCUGCUGUGGCCUCUCACCUUUGGCUGCUCAUUUUCUCCUGCUCUCUUCACAGUCAACCAGCCCUGUCUGACCUUGUGUUCUCCACCUGUCCAGAGGAUAGUGCUGGUGUGCUGGGUGCUCCCCUCACACUACAUUGUGCAGUGUCUGACUCCAGCCGCCAGGGGGCACUGCCUGUUCGAUGGGAAAGGGCCAGCGGAGAGGCAGCAGCACUGAGUCCUGGUCCUGACAAAGGGAUCCACCAAGUGGCCAACGGAUCUCUGUUCUUCCUCCAGCUGAGAGAGGGGGACCUGGGGAGAUAUGUCUGUAGUGCAGGCAUUGGAGACAAACACAUCAGGACUGUUGUCCAAGUGAUGGAAGCUGAGCUGGAGGCAGUGUUCUUUAGUCCUCAGUCUCAGACGGUCAGUGAGGGUCAGGCAGUGUUCCUCCAGUGUGUCUCAGGGAACAGCUCACCCCCUGCACACAUCACCUGGCUCAAAGACAACACACUCUUCACCAAAGGCACUCAGAUGCAGGGCCAAUAUGGAGGGGGUAAUCAGAGGAAGACCUCAGGCACUCUCCACCUCUCUAAUGUCUUAAUAGAGGACGAAGGGGAAUACGUCUGUGUCACACACAACGCCUUAGUGAACAGCAGCCUGGAGAGCAAAGCAGCUACACUCACUGUACAAGGAGUCCCUACAGGGCUGCAGAUCACUCAGGGCCCUGACAACCUCACCAUCGCCAUGCAGACAGAGGUCUCCAUGUGCUGUGUUGCCCGAGGCUUCCCAGCUCCCACAGUGGAAUGGUUCAAAGACAGCCAUCUCCUGGCGAACAGCUCCUGCUUGAGUUUGCAGAACAAGGGACAGCUGCUUGUGUUCAAGAAUGUGUCUGAGGAAGAUGAGGGUUCCUACCACUGUGAGGCCAGGAAUGAGAGGGAGAUUGUCAGAUCUCAGCCUGCCUAUCUCCUCCCAGCAGAGAUGGAAUGGAACUUUGUCCUGCAGCCCACUAACCAGACAGUGAGGAUGGGAGACUCUGUUACUCUGGUCUGCAGACCCCCCUACAGCAGGCCUCCAGCCACAGUGUCCUGGUUCAAGAACAACCGCCUCCUCACUCCCAAGGCACACUUCACUGUUGGGCCUAAUGGAGACCUCAUCUUCCACAGUGCCUAUGACACAGACAGGGGAGUGUACUUCUGCAGAGCAUCCAACAUCCACCUGUACAGAUCUGUGACCUCUAGAACAGCCAGACUGACCGUUCUCGCCCCUCCCUCGGUGAGGCUGUGGCCCCCAGUGGUGAUGGUCCCUGUGGGGGCCCAGGUGGUGUUCCACUGCCAGGUUUGGGGACAUCCCCUUCCCUCCAUCGUCUGGUCCAAACAGGGACGCUCUAUGCAGACUGGUGGAAAGAUCUCUGUGGGGGUGAGAAACGCUACCCUCUACAUCCUGUCUGUCAGGAGCUAUGACGAGGGGACUUACACCUGUGCAGCCUCUAACACUGUGGGGCAUGACCGGAGCACAGCUACUUUACGUGUUGCUGCCCUCUCUGGCUCAGUGAGCCCCAUCAUAGUGUCCUUCGUUGGGGCCGUGAGCAGCUCAGAAGGGUCCUCUGUGGUCCUGCCAUGCAGAGCAGUGGGGGACCUCCCCAUCAGGUACACCUGGACCAGAGGACACUCUCAGACCUCUAUCACCCCAACCCUGAAGAGGCAUGUAGAUGAUGAGGGGGCUCUGCAUAUCUCCAGGGUUCAGUUGUCUGAUGCAGGAGACUACCACUGUGCAGCUGAGAACAGAGCGGGACAACAGCAAAGAAGAACCACCCUCACCAUCUCUGCUGAAGAUGACCCGGCUGACAGAGACAAGCAGCAUAGACAGAUUGCGUCUGCAGUUCCAAACACUGAAGCAGAGCAGAGAAUUCCUCUGUCCAGUAACGUCCUGAGUCUAGCUCAGCGUUCUGAGAUGACCCAAUUACAGGCAGGAAGCACAGUUUCAUUCCAAGCAUCUCAAAGAGACUUGAGCAACGACAUCACCCACGUGUCUGCCCCUGACACUUUACGACUGCUCUCGUCUCUCAAGAAGACAGCUUUAGGACUAGCAGGUCUCAGCGGAGGACAGACAGGAUUGCUGGUACUACCGGACCAGGCCUCGGCCAAACCAACCCAGUCCACAAUCACACAGAUCCAGCUUCCAGUGCAACAACCCCCACAUCCACCUCUAUAUCAACCCUUAGACCUACUAAGCCAGCCUUCAGUAACUCAUAGAGUCGCCUCACUUACCCAGCUUCCAAUAAUACAUACCCAGCCAACAUUAGCACAUAAUCCACCCACAGAGACACAACGGCAGGUUUUAGUCCCACAUAGCCAAUCUCAAUUAACACAGUCCGUAUCCCAAAGCAUCCACAACCAGCCAUCAGUCAUGCAUAUCCAGCAUCAAGUCACUGACCAACCAAUUAAACCACUAAAGCCCAUCACCAGUAUUACCCAGUCUCUGGUCCCACGCCCGCAACCUUCUCCAGACUCUCCCACUCACCUUUCAAACCCCUCUACCCAGAGUACGGAAUGUCUUACCCAGCCCAGAGAACCUGUGACUCAGUCUCUACUCAUGCAAACCCUGCAUCCUUCUGACUCAAUCACUCAAAUUCACCAUCCUGUAACGCAAAGUUAUCCUUCAUAUUCACAUAUACAGCAUCCUAGCCCUGUCACCCUGUUUUCAGUCACACAAAUCCAGCCUGAACCUACACAAACUCAGUCUGAACCUACACAAACCCAGCCUGAACCUACACAAACUCAGCCUGAACCUACACAAACUCAGCCUGAACCUACACAAAAUCAGCCUGAACCUACACAAAAUCAGCCUGAACCUACACAAACCCAGCCUGAACCUACGCAAACCCAGCCUGAACCUACACAAACUCAGCCUGAACCUACACAAACUCAGCCUGAACCUACACAAACCCAGCCUGAACCUACACAAACCAAGCCUGAACCUACACAAGCCCAACCUGAACCUACACAAACCCAACCCCAACCUACACAAACCCAGCCUGAACCUACACAAACCCAUCCUCUACCAAAAACGCAGCCUGAAACUACACAAACCAAGCCUGAACCUACACAAGCCCAACCUGAACCUACACAAACCCAACCCCAACCUACACAAACCCAGCCUGAACCUACACAAACCCAUCCUCUACCAAAAACGCAGCCUGAAACUACACAAACCCAGCCUAAACCUACACAAACCCAGCCUGAACCUACACAAACCCAACCUGAACCUACACAAACCCAACCUGAACCUACACAAGCCCAACCUGAACCUACACAAACUCAGCCUGAACCUACAGAAGCCCAACAUGAACCUACACAAACCCAGCCUGAAAUUACACAAACCCAGCCUAAACCUCAACGAACCCAGCCUACACAUCUCCUGUCCCAGCCUUCAGUCUCAAUCACACAUGCUCCUGACCUGAGCACCAUACCACCCACCCCUGACCCCAAAGGCCCUAGUGCCCCAUGGACCUCCACACCAGACCUCCUGCUGCAGAACAUGAGUCAGCCCGCUAAGCCAGUUCAUCCAGCCAAACCAACCAGGCACAAUGACACAGAGCCCACAGAGUGGCUGAAGAGGAACACUUCUCUGUCCCCCAUCAGGACCAGUGAGGACCCCAGAGUAAAGCCUCCUCCUCCAUGGCUCCCAGUGCUGGAGAAACAUGACAUCCCCAUCGUGGUGGGAGUGGGUGUGUCUCUGGCCUUCAUCUUCAUCACCAUGGCCUUCUACUCCCUGGUCCAGAAGAAAGAGCCUGCCCCCGCUAUUAGAGCCUUGUCUUCCACAGUUCCCAGGAACCUGGGAGUCCCCUUCAGACAUGCUGAACGUCUGGCCACUGGGAGGACUUAUGAGAACAGGGCGUUUGAGGAUGAUGAUUUGGUGGCUGUGAUUGAACAAAGCCCCGACACGUCAGAUACACGUACCAGGCCCCCUGCCCCCCGCCCAGUCACUGUGAUGAUAGACCCUGCCUUUGAUGAGACUCAGGAGACACAGCCUCGCCCCCCGUCCUCUCCAGAACACUCAGUCAUAGCAGAGACCUACCCUGAGGCAAUCGAAGACACACAGGUUGACCCCUUCCUGGAUGAAGAGAAAGACUGCAGCCUGUCUCACCCCAGCAUCCAGCUGCAGUGUGUGGAGGACUGGGGGGGUGGAGGAGUAUACGGACAAUAUCAGGGCCAGGACUUUCUCCCUGAGCCCCCCUCUCUCACUCCUUCACCUUUCCGCUCCCUGUCUCCCUCCCCUCCUCCUGUGCGUGAGGAAAGCCUGUGCUCCUCCCUGACACUCCAGACCACUGAGCCCUGUGCCACGCCCAUCCACCACAGCGUCAGCAUCUCCCACGGUAACGCCCCCCUCCUCCUCUCCCACUGCGUCUCCCUAGGCCUCACCACCGUCGCCGUUGAUGUUCACUUCUACCCAGCAGCUCUUGCGUCAGCCACCGCUGCCAUGGCGACCGUGACAGCCGCCACACAGGUUAAUGCUACCGCCGCUGCUGCUCCAGGGCCCCAGCUCAGCUCUCGAUUGGCACAAGGUCAGGAGCAUGACCAAUCGGCUCCCAGCAUGUGCCAGAGUAAGUAACUACAUAGAGGGAAUGCCGGAUGGAGAAUUGGUUCCAACACAGAUGUUGCCAUUAGUCUCCACUUUGGACAGCUUGGCUGGAUUCUUGGUUGUCUUCACGUGUCUCUCUGUGUUUAUCAGCCUGUUUCCUCUGCCUUGAUCUGACACUAGUGUGGAGAAUGUGUUUGUGUUGGAACCAUACACUGAAGACUAUAGGACAACAUCCUAAAUGGUCUACACAUACUGUACCACAGUCAGCUAUAAACACGUCAACUACAUAAUGUCAAUGUAUUCUGUUUCUGUCCUUCAUAAAGAAAAGUCAUAUGAGAUUUUCAUUAUUGAUCAUGUAUAUUAUGGCUUCAUUGUGUAUUAGAAAUGUCAGUUACACAAUGAUGCUUGAGGCCUAAAAUAAUGCAUUUAUAGGAAGCAAAAACUAGAAUAUGUAUAACUGCUUUCAUAAUCUUCUUUUACAUGCCAAUGUUUCUCUGCCUUGACUGAAUAUAUAGCUCAUUAUAUUUAUAUAUACACUUUAUAAACUCAUGUGUCAAAUACAUUUUCUCAGUUGAAUAUUCUACAAUGAAAAAGCCAAGGAGAAAACAGCUGUGUACAAAAUAUUGCAAUCUUUGUUACUUUACACUUCCUAAUCAGGUAAUACACAACCUCUCUCUGUUGCACCAUAAACAGACUGUUACUUCUGUGCUGAAACCAAAGGAAGGUGACGACAGGGCUUAAUUUACUGUAAGUCCCAAUUGAGACCCAGCUGACCUGAAAUUUCAUUUAUCUGGAUCAGUUCACUUUAUGAUCAGUGAAAUGUCUAUAACUUUCAUGAAUUUCCCUUUCCUUUGCUACUGCCAUGAAUUCAUUACUCUUAAAUGAAUGUGUUAAACUGAAAAUUAUAUUUUUCCCCCUGUAUUUCUCAUCUUAUUUGUUUCAAUAACAUGUCCAGUAUCAAUUGUUGCUAACAAAAGUUAAUGUCAUUUUUUAAAUUUUUUUAUCUUACAUAUUUAUAUUUGAGUGUAUUAAAUCAGUGAACUUAUUACCUUUGUAUGGGUGAUAAAAUGCCAACAAAAAAAUAUUAAAAAGUUAUGACACAGAUCUAACAUUCACAUACUGUGAUAAUUAUUUGAAGUACUGUAUCAAAUGGAUUUUUAUUUACUCAACAAUGGCC